GCUGUGGGCGGGCGUGGUCGCGGCGGCCCCACGCAUGGGGGAGGAGAAGGAGGCGGGGGGCGCCGCUAGCCGUCCCACCGCCGCUGCUGAGGCGGGCGUUCCUGGCGCGGGGCGGCCGGCGGGACCUUUCCUGGCCGGAGGGUGGCGCGGUGCUGCCACCGCCUCCGCAGCAGUGAUUGCCGGGGCAUGUCGCCGCCAGGAGGAGGGGCCCGGGUAGCAGCGGCACUGCCGCGCCCGCGGCAGCAGAAGAAGAAGUGGUGGCGAAGCGACACGAUGGGGUAGGGGCGGUGAUGGCGGAACCAGCGGAGCUGCAGCAGGAGUCUGUAGUGCAGUUCCUAGCGGCACGGGGCGGGCGGGCCCGCAACACGGAGCUGCUGGAGCAUUUCCGGGACUGGCACAGCCCCUCGGACCCUGACCGCCGCACAGCUGCCCGCCAGCGCUUCAAGGACCUGGUCAACGCCGUGGCCACUGUGCGCCAGGAGCCGAGCACCGGCGUCAAGUACGUGCACCUCCGUCGCCGGUACUGCGCUCUGGAGGCCCCCGCUGCCCCCUUGAUCUCCGGAGAGGAGAAGGCGGCGGCAGCGGCGGUGGGGGACAGCGCGCAGCGACCGAGCCCGUUGAUCUCCCCGCAGGCGGGCGCUGAGGAGGCGCCGCCGCCAGCGGUCGGGGAUGCCGGCAGCCGCCCUCAGCCCGCGGGCCGGCGGGGCGAGACGCCUCGUCCGAGCACAGCGGCGGCCGCAGGCCAGCGAAAGGGCUCCCGCCGGGGGCCGCUUCCCGGCCGCAGCGGAGGCGGCGGUGAGGAGGCUGCGAUAGCGGCGGGCCCCGGGCGGCCUCCUCCUCCGCCAGCGGAGGAGGCAGCGGCGGCCGAGGGUGGUGCGGGAGCGGCAGCGCAGGGAGGCGGCCGCAGGAGCCUGCGGGAGGCAGCGCGGGGCGGUUCGCCCCAGCUGAAGCGCGGUGCCCUCCCCGGGGGAGCCCGCAGCCGAGGCGGCGAUUCGGACAGUGCCUCCGUCGCCUCCUCCUCCGCCGAGGAAGAGGGGAGCACCACCGGCGCUGUGGCCCUGGACCCUCUGGAGCACGCAUGGAUGCUGUCCGCCUCGGACGGGCGGUGGGAGAGCCUGGAGGGGCUGCUGAGUUGCGAGCCGGCGCUGCUUUGCAAGCGGGACUUCAUCACUGGCUUCACGGUGCUGCACUGGGCCGCCAAACACGGGCGGCAGGAGCUGCUGGCCAGGCUGAUCAACUUUGCCCAGCGGCACCAACUGCCCGUGGACAUCAACGCUCGCACUAGCGGGGGGCACACUGCGCUGCACAUAGCCGCCAUGCAUGGCCACGCCGAAGUGGUGAAGCUGCUUGUUGGAGCCUACGACGCCGACGUGGACAUCCGUGACUACAGCGGGCGCAAGGCAGCGCAGUACCUGCACCAGGGCACCUCGGGGGAUAUGCGGAGCCUCGUGGGUGCCCUGGAGGAGGAGGAGGAAGAGGAAGGGGCUGCCAGCAAUGGGGGUGGGCGCUGGAGGCUCUCCAAGGUGUUGCCCUCUAAUCUCAUGAGCUACCGGCUGUCCCACCACCACCAUCAUCACCAUCACAGCACUGGGGAGGAAGCUGAGGGCACUGAAGGGACAGCGGUGCCAGGCAAGGGCAAGGAGAUGACCAGGAAAGCCUCUGGCAGUGGGAGGAUGAAGCCUCGGCUUAAUAAGAUCCGCUUCAGGACUCAGAUCAUCCACAAUACACCCUCCUUUCGUGGUGACAUUGAGGAGGAAGAGCAUGAGGACAAAUCCUUGAAAGCAUCAUUUAAGCUCAGGCCUAAGUCCAAUGUCUUUGGAUAAGGCUGGGGAGCUGGAGAUCUAGGAGGUGGGCAAACGGACCAGAGUGCCCAAGGGUGUAGCAUGGAAGGUAUGAGUGUGUGCACAUCUACACUUGUGUACUGUGGACAGAGAGGUCCCACGUGUUUUGCUUCAGGUCUCAGUUUGCUGGGGUCAGUGGGGCUCUGGUGGCUUGCAGCUGCUUUGUCAGUGCUGAAAUGAGAGGCAGUGGGUGCAUUGAGAAACGCUGGGGUGUUUAAAACUGGUGCUUCUUUCUCCCUGAAAGCAGGCUUUGGGACUGGAAACCUGUGUUAGUGAAUCCAUUUGGCUUUGCAAGUUGAGUGGGGGAAAGAAAAAUACAGAUUCUCUACUUUCGUAUUAUCAGCUGGUACUUUAAACUAUUCACAAACAACUUGCAAGUAAGAAGAGCACCUCAGUAAUAUGCAAAUAUGCUUUACGUUUCUCUUUAACAGCAAUACCACCUGGCACAGUGUGGUGUUAGGUACCCUAAAUGAGAUAGUAAAUAACGGUUUUCAUUCAGAAUUCAAGCUUCAAUCCAGCAAAGACUUUUGCCUCUGCCGACUUUAUUCAUUGUCUUAUUUGACAUCAUGCAAACAAUAAAUAAAGUGAACCAGGUGCAGAAGUCUCUGCUGUCUGAGGUACUACUGAGUUUACUUGUUGCUGUCAGAAUACUAGUACAAGAUAAUGGAAGCAAAGAGCCGUCUUACGUAUUUGAUAUUUUAUGUUUUGCCUUAGGCAAACCGAUUUUAUUUUAAUCACUGUGAAUUCUCAAGUGCCAGACCUAGCGCAGUCGUAGUUUAUUAAGUCUGGUCAACUCUUAUUAAUGUUGUUUAUGUAAUUCACUCCAUUUAAAACCAGAAAAUUGUGUUGUAUGUGCUACCUGUGAAAGUCAUUCUCUUUUGGAAAAGAGCACAGACACCGUUGCAUGGAAUCUUGAUCAAACUCUAAUACAGUCCUGUGAUGUUACUGUGUUUGCUAGUAACUUGGGUGCCAAUCUCUUUAGCUUUGUGCAGAAAUGGAGAAGAAAAAAAAAGGGAGGGGGAGGGGUUGUGAAUUCACACACACAAGGUGAAUAACUAGAACUCUGAAGCUCUGUCCCUGUUUAUCAUCCUGAGUGAAAGCAGUCUAAUGACAUACUCAAGUGAUGGCAAUGGUGUUUGAGUUCUUUUAAACCUGUAUUUCUAGAGAAGUGAUAACCCAGACUUUGAAUUGUUGUUUAACGGUCUCAUAAGUCUUAAUCUGAUUGACAAGCCUAUCCGUCUGCUAAAGCUUUCAGAAACCUUGAAUCUUGUUUCUCUGCUUUUAAAGGUACCAACUCCAAUGAAAUCUAAGAGGUGGAUUUAUAUCUUGAUUUGGCUUUCCUUAAGAGUGAGGUAGAGCUGACCACAAAUCCUGAAUGCUGCUCAAGGUAGUAGCUCAAGCCUGCUUAGUUGUUGAGAUACAGCCAGUUUCAGUGCAACAUUUGUCAAAGCGUGUUUGGAGUUAGCUUCCUCAGAACGUAUGUGUAUGUCUGCCACUAACCAAAAGUAGAUAGGCUUUGACAUGUUAAAAUCCAGAUAGGAGACACUGAUUAAAUGCAUGCCACGAGCUGUAGAACACCUCACAGAGAAACUGCUGCUGGGAGUUGUGCACUUUCAAGGUAACAGCUGACUCUAGCUGUUGCUGGUGGCUUCUUACAUUUCUUGUAGUGAUAGGGGAAGGGAGUGUUACCAAUCCAUUGAUUUCAGACUUCCAUGCAGAUAAAUUACCAAUUUCUGCACUUUGUGUCAAAACAUAAUAAAGGGCAGUAUUUGCAUAGGCAUGCAAGUGACACUUAACUGUUACUGGGAGAAGUUACAUGAAAAAAAAAACCAGAAUCUCUGCACAGGUGUUGGUCGUUACUGUUACGCACCAGAAUCUCUGCAUAGGUGUUGGUUGUUACUGUUACAAAGACUAGAAAUUAUACAGAGGUUCAGCUUUAGUUUGUAAUUUAUAAGCUAUAUUAUUAUAGAUUCCAUGUGCCUUCAUUUUGGGUUGGUUGCCCCAAAUGUGGUGGAUAAAAUCGAUCUUGCAAAGCACUUUGUCUUUAUAUCUAUGGGACAGGACCAGAAAUUUUCUCUCAGCCCUUCCCCUUGAAGCUAUAAACUUGUACAGAAUGAGGUCUCUGAAAGAGGGGAAAGGAGGGAAAAUUAUACUGUACAGCAAAUUCUUUUGUAACAGAGAAGAUAAUUAGAUGCUGGAGUCUUUAACCUUCGUUCACACUCUUAAGACAAAUAGAUUUUUAGACUUCUGCAGAAGAAAGUUUUCUGACUGAACACUUGCAACAUGAGCCCUCAUCAGCAUGGCCACUUCUGAGUUGAGCACCUACUCAGUGCAACUACCUAUGUCCAAACCUUACUGAAGUAGUUGUUUUUGCUUUGAGAAUUUAUAGUUCUUCCAUAUGUGCUGUGGGGUGAAGCGUUAUCUCUUCACAUGAAAUUAGCAAAGAAUUGCACAAAAAUAGUAAGUCUUAGGGGUUGGAGCCUGGGGAAAUAAUUUGAGAGGUUUGAUGUUCUGGGAUUUAGAAUACAGCACAUUUUUAACUUUAAAUUUGAACUUUAAAAUAACAACUGGAACAUAAUUUUAUCAGGCAUAAUGUAUUAGAACCUUUGUAAUUGCUUAAGGGAACUUGGAAAGUGGUAAAAUGAUGCCUCAUUUUUAACUCACUAUUUGAAGUAUCGAAGUGAAACUGUUGGUCCACUCAUACUGCUUAGCUGCCAGUUAAUAAAAUUUUACUGUAAUGGUCCAAAAGUCUUUGCAAGGUGAAGUGUAACAGAACAGACAUCUGUUGGUGCUUGAGAUGUUUUGACAAAUGGCUAUAGAACCACUAGUGUCUGUCUGCGCUAUGGGACUAAAGCACUUUGAUUUCACAUUAUGACUUGUCACAUUCCACAUGGUUACGUUUUUAUAACAUGAGCUAAAAACUUAAGUUUUGGUUGGAGAUAGAAAAGGCUUGAUGCCGUGUUUCAGAAUAUUUACAGUCUAAAGGUACUCUUGAGUCAAAUAUUUUGGAUACGUUGCCUAGAGAGAUGUGAGCUUGAAAUAAAAGUUGUAUGGUACGUAAAACGGAAGCACUUACUGGUGUCUUUUUAAUGGUGCGCUUGAAAUUACUGAAUGUGUAUGUUCACUUUUUAUGAUGGUGUGCAAGGCAGGGAGACUGUAAUGUAAACAUUGGGUAUUUUUUAUUAUCUCUUAUGUUUUAAAUAUUUUAGGGGCCUGGAAGCCUGUCACUUUUUAUUAAUACAACUUUUUAUGGAUGUCUUUUUGAAUGGCUGUGAGUUAAGAAUCUGUAAGCUUUAGUUUUACUGAAAUAAAAACAGCCCAUGAAUUGUUUAUGCCUGAAUCGACUCCUGUAUGCUACAUACAUAGAUGCUACCUGCAUAUUGGCUAAACUAGGUAUAUUUUGUGGGUUUUUUACCAUGAAGACAGCUGAUGUCAUGCAACACUCAAAGAGAAUGACAUGAAAACAAAUACAGGUGAAUUGUUUGCAAGACAGUAACAUUUUUCUUCCUCAGUGACUUGUUGAAUAGCUCAUGUCAAAGUAAAUGAAGACAUCAUUUUUAAUUUCUUUUUAAAGAGAAGUAUGUCUAAAUAAGGGCCUGGGAGAGUGGCAUUGCUUAACUUAAAAUAAUGUCCUGACCUUAUUUCUGUGCAGCUAAACAUCUCUGACCCCAAGAAGACUAAUACUAGUUUUGGUGUCUAUGUAAAGGUCAAUACCUUAUUAAAAAAGGUUUAGGAUUAAGGCUUUUUGUAACGUCUUAGCUACAGCUGGCAGCUUCUCUAAAGGGAAUUUUCAUUAUUAAGCUAGACUGUGGGAUUUUUAGUAUAUCUGAACAUUUUCUGAAGCUCUUUAUUACAAAAAUGUAUAUUAAAACUAGUAAACUACAUGCUGCCAUGCCAGUAACUCCUCUGAGAGACAUCCUGAUUUGUGCUUAGCCUGAAAAAGGCUCAGCUAUUACAAUGCUAAUGGACCAGGAUUUAUACAGCUUCAAACUAAGCAGCCCCAAAUCAGUAGUUUAGGGACAUAAGGGAGAGGGAAGUGCUCUUGAAAGCUUAGCAGGGAGUAAGGGCAAGCAAAAAGCAGCUGAGGUAAUGGGGGAGGCAAAGGUCUCAGAAGAAGAGGAGUCUGCAUGAGCCUUGCUGAUCAUGCAAUGACUUAACUAAUUGUUUGGAGAAUUGUAUCUAAACAUAUAUCUUUUCUCCUACAGAAUAACAAUCAAGAGAUGACUUGCUGAGAGCUCAAAUGUAAAUGAAUGUUAAGUGUUCUAGCUGGUCCUCUUAGCAACAUAUUUAGUGUAGUUAGUAAUGUUUAGAAAAGCAGGAACAGCUCUUGUGUUGAGUGUAUCUACAGCUGUUGCAGGAGAGUCCUAGUACCCCAGAUUGGUCCUGCUUGACUUCAGGACUCUUACUGGCAGAGAAACCCUUCAGCAUUGCGUUGCUAACUUUUUCAUUGUCUAGAAAAGAGGAGGGGUGAGGGAACUAUAGUCCUGAUUUAAGGUGCCUUGUAUUACAGGGAACAUGAAGAUACUACAUUACACUUUGGAGACUUCAUCCAGAAAAGAGUAAUUUAGUUUAGUUUUUCUUGUUAGAGUUGAAACUUAAGAAGUACACAAUGUCACAUUUUCAUGUCCCAGUUGGGUAUGGGGAGAAGGAAGAUGUCUGAGGUUAGUAUUAGGGUUUGGGAGAGGUGCUAGCUUUUAUGUUUAUGCCAAACUGGGAACAGUUUGACAGGAAAACAAUCAAAACAUAUGAUUUUGAAUUUCCAGUUUUGUUAUAAUGAUACACCUCACUUGGCAAGUGUUUCAGAAUUUAUCUUGUGUCAUUUUUCACUUUAGCCAAAAUCAGUACUGCUGUGUCCUAAUACGCACACCUUGUUGGAAAAACUGAGCCGUGCUAUGGAGUUUUGUUUGUUCACUUUCAAUAAAACUGUAUGACAGAUGA